GGGCGACAUGGAGGGACUUGAUGAAGCUGAAUGGAGUAGCCAGGCAGGCUCAGGCUUGGGUUUCGUCGGCCCACGCGUUCACACGUCCAUUCUGAAUUUUGCACAUUCAUACCAGCAGCCUGGGACGCCAUGGCGGUGCUGUCGCGGGCCGUUCUGGCGGCCGCGUGCUUCUGCUCGGCUUCGGGCCUCGGCAUCCGGGCCGACAGCGAUGAGGGGGGCAACAUGACCGUCGAUGCCGCAGCUUGCGCGGCUCAGCUCGACGAGGGCCGCGUCUUCAUGGCAGACGUAGUGGACCAGGUGGGAAUGGGGAACUACUCCAGGGACGUCGCCACCGCCUGGCACGCGUACCAGGACAAGAUGGCUCAGCAGCUGCUCAGCGAGCAUGCGGACGGUCAUCGCAAGAAGCCGUAUAGGACCCUCGUCGUCUCGGCUGUCCACGACACCGAAGCUAUGGUCGAAAUCUUCGAGACCAACAUGAAAAGGCUGCUUGCUAACAAGCACGGUGACAAGUUCGAUUUCGCUCUCUUCCACAUCGACAGCGGCACCACGGAGUGGAAGAAGCACAGCUGGUAUCGCAACAGCGCCCUUUUCGGGGGAAAGGUCGUCAAGAAGACGCUUGGUGCCGGCUGCAAGCCCCAGUUCUGGGCGCAGAUCACCCCGCAGGUGGCGUCCAAGUACGAUUACCUCUGGCUGCUGGACGAGGACAUCCAGCUCGACUUCCUGAACUGGGACUUCUACCGCACGGUGCUAUCGACGGUCGACCCGGUGGUCUCCCAGCCGGUGAUCAUCCCGAAGGCGCCGCAUAUGCGGGCCACCGGGGUCACGAAGCUGGUCAUGCAACCGCCCCGCAGCGACAAGUUCAUGAUGGCGUACGAGACCCAGCGGAGCGAGGUCCAGGCCCCCGUGAUCUCGACCAAGAUCUGGCCUGCCGUCUGGGAGCGCAACCAGAACAACGACCGCCGGAACGACUGGUACAUCGACGACUUCUGGGACGUUGUCGCGUUCCUCGGCGAGGCCAAGUGCCACAAGACGGGCGUGCUGGCCGUGAACGGUGCCCCCGUGCGUCACAUGGACUGCCACAACCUCUUCAAGGGGACGAAGUGCGUCGAGGGCUGCGGCGACAACGACGCGAACUGCGCGCCUGUGAGCAAACAGGAGGAGUCGCUGGUGCGGGACGCGCUGAAGGAAGCGGGUUGCGACGUGGCUCAGGAUUGGUCCUCGAUGUGUGAGGGGAAGCAGAUCCACGAUUGCCACACGAUGUUGUGGGAGAGGAGCAGGAGGCAGUCCUGGAACAUCGGGCUGUUCGCGUGAGCUGGAAGGGCCGCAUCUUGCCCUCUCUCUUUUUGAGUAGUUCCGCCGCCGUUGCAGCGCGUCGCCUGAGAUCCGACGCCGUGGGAGCCAACAUAAACAAC